AUGAAGAGAUUUCUAAAAGCAAAUAAUAUACCUGUUCCUCAUGCUCCUAGAAGAUGUCCUCCUGCUUUUGAUUAUCCUUUUUUCCUUAGAAAAGUUACUGAUAAAUUUAUUAGUAGACUUACUGAGGCUUGGUUAUAUAAAAAGUGGUCUGUAGAAAAAGGUAAAGCCACUUUACAUUUAAAUAGAAUUUUUCAUGAACUCUUUUUUUCAAGAGCUCAAAGAAUUUCUUCCUUGGCUUUUGAUGAUGAAUCUGCUUGGCCUUUUGAUAAUCAACAAUCUUUAUCUUGCCUUCAAAAUUUAAAUUUUCUUAAAAUUUCCGCUUCAAAUCAUUCUGAUCAUAGUCCUAUUCCUUUUUUAAAAUCACUUUUAAAUUCUUCUUGUUCAAGAAUCAAAAAAAUUGAUAUUGAUAUUGAUUCAAAAUUUCAAGAUUGUUAUGAAUCUAUCGUACAUUUAAUACAAUCUCAACGUGAAUUAGAAAAAUUUUCUUUAAAUAGAUGUCAUCAAAUUCUUAAACCUUUAAUUCAUGUCUUAAAAUCUCAUUCUAUAAAAUCUUUAAGAUUUAAUAGAAUUAAUUUUGAUUCUUUUAAAGAAAAUUUUUCUGAUAAUUUUAUUGAUUCACUUAAAUCAAUAGAAAUUAUUAUUUGUUGUCGAUUAGAAAACAAAUAUUUUAAAAAUUUUAUUUGUAAAAUUCAUAAUUUAAAUCAAUUUGAAUUUUGUGAUUAUAAUUCAAUUGAUCCUUAUGUUUUAGAUUUAAUAGUUAAUUUAUUAAAAUUAAAUAAUAAUCUAAAAUGUCUUAUACUUAGAAUAUCAGGUGAAUAUUCAGAAUUAGUUAAAACGAUAAUUAAACAUUCAAAAAAAUUAGAAUAUUUGGAAUUACCUCAAUUAGGACAAUAUGAUAUUUUAUCAGUUUUAUCAUCUUGUCAUAAUUUAAAAUAUUUUUAUUUUAUAAUAGAUUUUUUAUUAGAUCGUUCUUUUUUUUUACAAAUUGCAAAACAAUCUCCUAAAAAUCUUCGAAAUUUAAUUAUAACUGAAAGAGAAAAAAGACAAGCUUUUGAUAUUUCUACUUAUCAUUUAUUUUUUACUUCUAUGAAUUGUAAAAAUUUAAAAACUUUAUAUACUUCUGGUGCUCUUUUAGAUAAUCUUUAUUCUCGUGAUUAUCAAAAAGUUUUUUUGGAUCAUAAUAUUAAAUGGAGUUAUGAGGAAAUUCCAAGAUUAUAUUGA